CUACGAAAUAGAGAAAGAGGGGUGUCAUCCGAAUGAAUUGGACCAGAUAAAUGAAGAAACUUUAUUAAGAGGAAGAACAAAGAAGACCCGUUAUUAGAGAGAAAGAGAGAGAAGACCGACCGAACCAUGGCUACAACUCUCAAAGCAUUGCCUGUGUCGAUCAUCGCACAUGUACUGGCCGUAGCAGGUGCGGUUUUGGUGCUCGUCUGGUGCAUACACUUCAGGGGAGGCUUAGCCUGGGAAGCUACAAACAAAUCCCUUAUCUUCAAUAUUCAUCCAGUUCUCAUGUUGAUUGGUUUCAUCAUUCUGGGUGGUGAAGCCAUCAUGAGCUACAGGGGAUUACCUUUUAAGAAAGAGACCAAGAAACUAAUCCAUCUUGUUCUUCACGGAACCGCCUUGAUUCUAGGCAUUAUUGGUAUCUACACCGCAUUUAAGUUUCACAAUGAAAGCAACAUUGCCAAUUUAUACAGCUUGCAUUCCUGGAUCGGGCUCGGAGUCAUCAUCGUAUACGCCCUUCAGUGGAUAUAUGGAUUUGUAGUUUUCUUCUAUCCUGGUGGAGCACCUUGGUUCAGGGGGGAGUCACUACCGUGGCACGUGCUGGUUGGAAUUAUCGUAUUCAUUUUAGCUGUUUUGACCGCUGCAUUAGGGUUCUUGGAGAAGUUAACAUUUCUUGAGAAUUCUGGAUUAGCCAAGUAUGGAUCGGAGGCAUUCCUUGUUAACUUCACUGCAAUUGUGACGGUAUUGUUUGGAGUUUUUGUUAUACUCGCGGCUAUGUCUAGGCCGAUACAAGUAGAAGAUGAAUAUAGUUAUUCUUCUAUUUGAAAUAUGUCAUUAUUGUGUUAUAUUCUAUAUUUUCUCCUCCUUCCAAGUAUACUGCACCAGCUUUGGUCCUUUGGAGAGUAAUAAUAAGUUAUAUAUAUAGUUAUUCUGAUUUUUUCA